CAGAAGGCCAGGAACAGUCAGAGAGAUGGGAGGAGAGCCAGCUCUAUAAGUCACCACUGAAUGACUUCUAAAAAAGGGAAGAAGAUGCCUUGUGGGCAGCUAUUCACUCCGUCUGGGCUGGCUGGAGGAGAGAUUGGCAAGGCACCCCACAGACCGAGUGGGGAGGCCAGAUGGCCAGUGGGUCCCUGCUGGCCGAAGGAGAGAAGGCCAUUGGCACGCCGGGGCCACAGUGCAGUGUCUCUGCACAGGGCGGUCCCCAGGUGUCCGGACUCAAACACAGAAUGGAGGGGGCGGGGCCUGCGGCCACGUGCUUGUACACGAGAGCUGUCUCUGGGCUGGGCAAUUGAUGAAGGUGGUUUUGAGGACAUACCGUUCCAGAUGCUCCCGGCCCCCGAGAUUUCCUUGGAGCCCCGGUUUCCGGUAAAGCUGGGGGAAGAGGCGACGUACCAGUGUGUGGGGGCCUACGGCUCGACCAGUUACCGCCUGAUCCGCGAGGAGAGAGGGAAACGCUGGACCGUGCUCAAAGUGGACGCCAUCUGGAAGGGCCGGGGGGCCCGGUUCUCCAUGGUCAACGUGACCGCGGAGCAGGCAGGAGACUACUCCUGUCUCUAUGAGUUCAAUCAUUAUUUUUCCUGGAACAGCGACAAGAUCCCGUUGAUUGUCAGAGGUGGGCGUGACGGGGUCCUGGGCACCUCCCUCACACUCACACACUCACACACUCACACACUCACACACACACACACACACACACACACACACACACACACACGACGCCAGGAGCCGUUGGAUGCCCACCUGGGCAUGGGGAUGGGGGGAGAAGGGGGGCUUGGGUAUAGGGGGCUGGAGACUCCGCCUCCAGAAUCCGCAGCCCCCUGCCCUCUGCCCCGGUCAGAGCCCAUGCAGAUCUGGAGAGAGGCCGGAAGAGCAUGGCAAGUCCUUGAGGCUGGGGACAAGGACUCAUAGAUGCCCAGCCUGCAUCGGAAGAGAAGACACCUCCCGUCCCCCCUGGCACAGGAGAGCUGUCUGCCUGGCGGGGGAGGGGGGCUUCCUGGAAGGUCUUCGGGCAGACAACGGCCCCCUCCCCACAGUGCUGGCCCGUGCCCCCCCCCCCCAUUGGGAGGAAAGUGGCCCGGCACUCCGAGGAAGGGGAUGGGCCCUCCUAUGGGAGGGGCCUCUCGGAGACAGAGGCGGCAAAGGAGGAGCCCCUUAAUACCCGUGGUGCCCCAGCAUUUCGCAUUCUGGCUCCCAGACUUGCUAGCCCUGUGCUUUGGGCACAUCCCUUUUCCCUCUUGGAGCCUCCCCAUCUGUAAAAUGGGACCAUUGGACCAGAUCACCUGUAAGUCCCUUCUACCUCAUUGAGUUUGUCUACCUGCCUCUCAGCUCCCCUGACGUGGCUUUGGAAGCAUCGAAGGUAAGAAACGCCUGGGCCUUCUCUGCCUCAUCCGGGGGUGCUGCCCCGCUCCCACACGAUGCCGGCAGCCCCUGGCAUCCCAGAAUCGAGCCUCCUGGGGCCUCCCCACUGAGGGUUGUCCCGACAUCACCCCACCCCUUCCUCUACCCAGCUUGGCCCGAGCCCCCCCAUGCUCCCUCCCGGCUGCCCCAUCGUCUUCACGGACCUGCAUUCCAAGCCAUGUGAUUCUGGAUUUCGAGAACUGAAAGGGGGAGCUCGCCCCCUCCCCCCUCCUUAGCUAGAGGGGGCAGCUUGAGGCCUAGAUAGGAGAAGGCUGAAGUGUCAGCACUGUCUCUCCAGGGCUCCUUCCUCCUGCAUGAUCUCAGCCUCCAAACCCUGAGAAAUCAGGCCGGGAUGGAGGGAGGGAGAUGCCUCCCUGCAGGGCCCUGGAGAGGAGGGAAUGGAGUCUGGAGGGAGGAGGACUCGGGAGCCUGCCCUUGGGCCCCACCCCCGCUGGUGCCCCCCUGAUUUCCAGGUCUUUCCUGCAGGCGCCUUAGAGAGCCCCUUCCUGUGGGUCUUUCCCUCCGAGACACUUGAGAUUCGGCAGCGUUUGACCUUCCACUGUAACUCGAGCUUAGACUUAGACAAGUUCUAUUUAUAUCACGGUCCCUUGGAAGAGGAAAAUUCAUAUAUUAAGCCUACGAAGGUCUUGGCACGUGAAGUUGAAUUCUUGUAUCGAGAGAUGCAGAAACAUUUGGUGGGCAACUAUGUGUGUAUCGCUUACAGCACCAGCGAUCCCUACCAUUGGACGGACAUCAGUAACAGGCUGACAAUCACUGUUUCUGUAGAAACUGAAGCCGACAGAGGCUGGGUCUCCCAAGGUCCCAAGGAUCUUCCAUCCGAGCCGCCCUGGUGCUGCGGGGAACUCCUACCUCCACACCUUUGUCGGGGAUGCUCUCCACCAGCCUGCUGAAGAGGAGAUGAGUGAGCCUGGCCUGCAAGAUAUGAAAUAGAAAAGGAUGAUAGCAAGAAUAAGACUUGGCUAUCUCAACUCCCUCCACUGACUGACUACCACUGGGGGGGGGGGGGCAGAGAAGAAUAUUAACACCAGGAGUCGCCUUUUUUUAUGGCGAUUGAAGGUUUUCAAAACAUUUUACUUCCAUUCUCACAAGCAUCCAGUGAGGAGCACAAACAUGUUUUGAUUACACGAAAUUAAAGUGUUUUUGUACAAACAAAACCAACGAAGCAAAAAUUGGAAGAGAAGCAGGGAAGUUGGGAAGGGGGAACCUUAAAAGCAAGUUUCUUGGGAAAAGUCUCAUUUCUAAGAUUUAUAAGGAACCCAUCCAAAUUUAUAAGAAUAAGAGCCAUCUUCUGAUUGAUAAAUGGCCAGAAGAAGAAACUCAAAGUAUCAAAAGCCACAUGAAAACUGUCCUAAAUCACUAAUAAUCAGAGAAAAGAAAAUUAAAACAACUCUGAGGUUCCAUCUCACACCUAUACAAUUGGCAAAGCUGACCCCCCCCCCCAAAAAAAAGACAGGGGGCAGC